AUGGUCGAAUCCAGCGACCUAUCCCUAUCCCCCGACGAUGUCAAGUCGGCCGAGAUAGAAGAAGCCUCAAACGCAACCGAAAAAGCCCCCUCCCCCUCAAUUUCGUCCAGGCCGAUUGACGCGGAUCGAGAAGGAUCAGAAACCAAGCAAGGGGGCCUUGUUGUUGACUUCGGCGACGAGACAGACUUAUCAAAUCCUCAAAAUUGGUCCCCGAAGCUCAAGUGGUCUCUAAUCGUCUUGGUCUCUCUGCUGGAUUUCGCAGUGCAAGUCUUGCCCGAUCGAUCAUCUCUGGCGACCAUCAUCUGUGCGCCGGUCGCGCCCCAGAUCUUGGCUGAGUUCAACGAGACAGACGACUUCUACAUAACCUUCAUCGUCUCGGUUUGGGAGCUUGGAGAAAUCUUCGGCCCGCUCAUCGUCGCGCCUUUCUCUGAGCUCUACGGACGAUUGUAUAUUUACCAUGCCGGCAAUAUCCUCUGCAUUAUAUUCUCGGCCGCUUGCGCCUUGAGCACUAAUAUACAGAUGUUGGUAGCAUUCCGCUUCCUGAACGGCUUAGCAGUUGUGUCUACGGCGCUCAACCCCAGCAUUGUCGGUGAUCUCUUCCGGGUUGAGCAGCGAGGAAGCGCAAUGUCAAUAGUAGGUCUUGCUACGAUGCUAGGGCCCGUCGUCGGUCCUAUUAUAGGAGGUUAUCUCGGCGGUGCGAUGGGAUGGCGAUGGUGUUUCUGGCUCAUCACCAUCGUGUGCGGCUUUCUCGAGAUAUGCUUUUUGCUCUUGUUGCGCGAAACCUAUUCCGUACAGAUCCUCAAAAGAAAAGCACAACGGCUUCGUAAGGAAACGAAUAACCCUAACAUAAAGUCCAAGUAUGAAACAGAGCACACGGCGCUACAGCUACUUCAAAAUGCGUGUAUACGACCUUUGCUGCUGCUUUUCACGUCGCCCAUCUUAUUCUUACUGUCCCUGUACGUUGCUGUGGUUUACGGGUAUCUCUACCUCGUUAUGACAACCAUCACCUCUGUCUUCGAGUCCGUUUACAAUUUUUCAUCAACCGUAGUCGGCCUCAGCUUUCUAGGACUUGGUAUCGGCUGCGUGAUUGGUGUUUUCUUCUGUCGAGCCACGCUCGAUCUCUGGGUUCGUCGACAGGCCAAAUCCGGACAAGUUCGACCUGAACAGCGUCUUCCACCUGUUAUAUUCGGCGGGUUUAUUCUUCCUGCUGGCCUGUUCAUGUACGGUUGGACGGCCGAGGUUCACACGCAUUUCUUGGCGCCAAUCAUCGCUACCGGGAUCCUGGGAAUGGGUCUUGUUUCCACCACAAUUCCGGUGCGAAGUUACCUCGUUGACGCAUUUGGAAUAUAUGCUGCAAGCGCAGUUGCCGGGUGUGCCGUAUUGAGAAAUCUUGGUGGAACUUUUGUUCCGCUCGCAGGGCCACCAUUGUAUCAAAAGCUAGGGCUCGGCUGGGGCAAUUCGGUGUUGGGUUUUAUUGCGUUGGCUUUCAUACCCGUCCCGCUACUCUUAAUGAGAUAUGGUCAAGCGUUGAGAUCAAGAGACAAACGAAAUUUCGAAUAA